AUGUACACAUCCAUUUCGACCGGUGAUGUAAUUAGUGCUAUGCAGGCGGGAUUGGACGGCAACCCAGCAUCGCGAGCAAGUCACAACCUCGACAUCGCAAACCAUCCCUCCCUGCUGGGGAGAAAGACGGGAUCGGCCGAGACGAGAUAUUCGAAAAUCAGCGCAG